GUUCUUAAUCGAUAUGGGAGUUCAAUUGUGGUAAUGUGUGCUAAUAAUCUGUCGUUAAUGUGUGCUAAUAAUUGCGAUUGAGGGUUCACGGUUUGUUUAAAACUCGAUUGUUGCAGAUGGAAACUCCCCGAGAACCUCAUUUCUUCAAGCCUCUUUUUCCUGGUUUUCAAAGUGGCGUCGCAAUACCACUUGACUUCUACGCAAAACACAUACAAGGGGCUGAGAUCAAUAAACCAUGGAAGCUAAGAUCGGACGCUUCGGAUCAAAUUUGGGAGGUGAUCCAAGAAGGCAGGACACUCACCAAAGGUUGGAAAGAGUUCACCGAAGCACAUGAUCUUCGAAUCGGUGACAUUGUCAUCUUCAAACACGAAGGAGACAUGGUCGUUCAUGUGACUCCUUUUGGUCCUAGCUGUUGUGAGAUUCAGUAUACACAUCCUCACAUCGUUAAGGCAGAAGCCGACGCGGAUGAUGCUCCUACUUUCUCAUACGACUACUGCUUCUUGGCUGAGGUUACUCCUACAAAUCAAAAGGACGACAAAAUGUUUCUUCCUGUGGAAGCUAUGAGGUGUGGUGCUUUGAACCAACAAUGCAAAGAGGUCAAACUUGUCAACAAGGAGGGAAAGUCAUGGACUGCGCGCUUCGGAUUUAGCGAAUCAGACGGCGCAUAUUACAUCAACAGAGGGUGGAGAAAGUUCUGUCGUGAUAACAUAUGCACCAACGGAGAUUUGUUUGUGUUCAACGUGGUUGGAGUCGGGACUACAACUCCAUUACUGUGUGUAUGUCCGGAAAGGAAGGAGUGUACUGAACUACUGAUCAAGCACUUCAGCAGAAUCGAUGGUAAGUCUUCUCAUUUGACUUGUUUGUGUUGUCUAUAUCUUCAAUGUUACUACUUUGCUUCUGCUUUAACUUGUGUUCUCUUCUUCUACAGGUAGCAUUGCUUCUACCUCACGAAAUUAGAUGGCUCUUUUGCGGUCUUUCCUCUCUAUCAUCUUAACUUGUUUCUUUUUGUUUCAUUAGCAACUUAUCAACUUAUGUAUUUCGGUUUGUAAAACUUGAAUGGUUUUUCUAUGUGAACUUUUGUCCUAAGUUAAACAUUCUCGAACUUAAUUCCUUUGUUGAAUGCGUAGACUGAUCAUCGAACAAAAUGUUUCUAUGAAUUGAAUUUAAGUUAAGAAACAACAUAAAAUUUUAAAACAUAGCUUUUCUACAUUUGAAAACACAAACGAAAACUUAAACUCCAAAACUAAAACAUAGGGUGAA